AUCGUAAGAAAAAAAAUAGAAAACAAACAACUAAAAGGUUAUCUCGCGCGUCGUUUUGAUCAAAACGUUUAACUUUUACGUCUCAACUUGUUGGUUGAAAGCAAAUAAUUGCACAACAAAAUUCGACCAGUUUAUCCUUAUCAAAUAAUAAACUCAUCGACAUUUUCCUUUCUCACUGUAAAAACCCCCCACAACAUAUUUGCUUUUAAAUUUCGUUAUCAUUUUCGAUGUAUAAAUGACUAACCGAACGAUGAGGUGGCAUAAGUUGGCCAAAUAAAUUGAAAUAGAUCGCAGCAGUUCAGUCGAAUCUAAUUCAAACGUCCAGCUAAAAACUAAUAGAAAUUAUUAUUGAAGAAAAUGAUAAAUUUUACCCGAAUUUGUUUGUUGAUGGUUUUGAUGUUAUGGACGACUCGAUCGACCGUUGCUGCGUUUUCCAUUGAAGAAGAAAUUCUUCAAUUAAAGUUAAAAGUGGCCCAACUGGAGGCAAAAGAUGCGAAAAUGGAGGGAAAAGUGACCGUACUGGAAUCGCAAAUUAAAGAAAAAGUUUCUGAAUUGGAGUUCAAAAACGUUGAAAUGGAGGAAAAAGUGACGCAACUUGAGACGAGAAAUGGACAACUUGAAACUAAAGUUAAGGAUCAAGAAAAAAUUUUUACCCUGUUAAAAGCGGCUGAACUUCCAAUUUCAGUCACUGGAUUAAAAUCAAUUUUUAACAAUCUUGAAAAUGCAAUUGAAUCAACUGGAAGGAGUGGAAUCCCGAGGACAUGCCGUGAACUUCUUGCGGAUAAUCCGUCACUUCCGUCCGGAAUGCACUGGAUUGACCCGGACGGCCUAGGUGUCGGUGAUAACCCAAUUUAUGUUUACUGCAAUAUGGCAUCAGGAUCGACUUCAAUUUUACACGACAGCGAAACUCCCAUUGACGUGGGUCACUGCGCCGAUCCUGGAUGUUAUUCCAGGGCAAUCAACUACAACGCGUCCAUGAAACAGAUGGAAUCGUUAAUCGCGUUAUCAUCUGAAUGUCAUCAGUCCUUUAAAUACUAUUGUUACUGCGCCUCGUUCGAAUACGACAACACCCAAUACGCCUGGUGGAACGACAGGGACGGCAAUGCGCAAUACUUUUGGGCAGGAAAUAAAACGGACGAAAUUCACACCUGCCAGUGUGGAAUUGAUAAAAACUGUGUUGAUUCUUCGGUGAAAUGCAAUUGCGACCUGGCAUCACAAGAUGAAUUAGUCGAUGAAGGUCUCAUAACGGACAAAAAUGUUUUGCCCGUCAUUCGCCUUAAUUUUGGUCGAACACAAUUUGGAGCUGGUAUCCACACGCUGGGACAAUUGGAGUGCAGUGGAUCAAUCGCCGUCAAUGGAUUGCCCACGUCAUGCGAAGAUCUCUGGCGGAUCGGCCACAGUCUAAACGGAUUAUAUUUCGUCAUGGAAGACGAAUUAGUAAAAAAUGUUUACUGCAAUUUCACCAAAUUUUUUAUUGAAUCAGGUUUCGAGAGUUUCAUCGGAUACUCAGAAGUCAAAAACAAACCCACAUAUUUCGGUAUGCCAACAUCCUGUGACAAUUUGAAGGGAGCGGGACACAUCUCAAGUGGAUUUUAUUCCAUCAAAGGAUCAGCAAUGAUGGAAUCCGUUUUCUGCGAUUUUACUAAACUCCCCAGUGAUGAGGGAUUUGAAAAAUGGAUUGGAUACGCCGACGUGAAAUCGGCGCCAGUCUAUUUUUAUGUGCAGCGAAGUUCUGAAUUCGCCAUAUUAAAUACUCCAAUUCCUUUCACUGUGGCGCGAGUGAACGAGGGGAACGCGAUGAACUUAGCAACAGGAAAAUUCACGGCGCCACGAAAUGGAAUUUAUUUCUUCGCGUUCACGGCGGAAGUGAAUUUUCCAGCAGAUUCUUCAUCUUAUGUCGAUUUAUACAUUGGAAUUUAUUUGAACGGGGUUAAAGUCGGGUCGGGUGAGAACGAAGAUGCAAACACCGUCAGCAAUCAAAACGAACAGGUGACUCUACAGUCAACGUUAAACUUAAAAAUUGGCGAUCAAGUUUGGGUUCAGAUUUGGAGGAUGUCGUCAGGGGCGGGAUUGGUUGACGACAGUAACUACUACACUCACUUCACUGGUUUCAUGUUGCAAGAAGAAAUUGUGGCAUCCCUUUGAGAAUUCGAGUGGAGAUUACCCGAAGUGAUGAGCAUGAAAUGAAUUUUGUAAUUGGAAAAUUAAAGAGAUAACGAGAGAAACUUAAUUCAUUAAGAUGUGCGAAUAAAUUUGCGUAUAAAUACAAAGAUAAAUAAAAUAAUAUACUUUAAAUGUAAAGUCUUUAUUGAAAAAAAUUAAGCCAUGGUAACGCAAGAUUGGUUAAGGAUGGUUAGUGUGAAAAAGGCAAACUUUUAACCAGUAAGAUUGUUUAGUUUGCGUAGAAAUUUUACUUGACAUAUAAAUUACUAUCUUAUUUGUUUGUU